UCACUGCGGAGUUCGUGUAAUAUCGGAAUCCGCAAUGGAAGAUGAAGAGAAUAUAUUUACCUUCCUCCUCUUCCCUUCCUCGUCCUCCACCACCUUCCACCGCCAACGCUCCUACCGACUUCCUCCUCCUAUGGCGCUACCAGAUUUUCGACCCGGAUAGCGACAUAAUUUCCUACUGGAACCAUGUGUUCUUGAUCAUUUGCAUUAUGGCUCUGUUCAUAGACCCUCUCUACUUCUUUCUCCCUUAUGUUGGAGGCCCUGCAUGCUUGGAAUCCGACGCCAAUAGGGUUGUCAUCACGGUUUUGAGGUCUAUGGCUGAUUUUUUAUACCUUUUAAAUAUGCUCAUGAAGUUUAGAACCGCAUUUGUCGCGCCAAAUUCCAGGGUUUUUGGAAGGGGUGAGCUUGUUAUGGAUGCGAAGGAGAUUGCAAUGCGGUACUUGAAGUCCGAUUUUCUCAUUGAUCUUGCAGCUACCCUACCACUACCUCAGUUUGUCAUCUGGAUUGUGAUUCCAACCGCAAGAAGCUCCAGAACUGAUCAUGCCAACAACACUGUUGCUCUUAUUGUUCUCCUUCAAUAUGUUCCAAGGUUGUUCAUUAUUUUCCCUCUUAAUCGAAGGAUCAUUAAAAGUACAGGAGUUGUUGCUAAGACUGCUUGGGCAGGAGCUGCAUACAAUCUUCUUCUUUAUUUACUUGCCAGUCACGUAUUAGGAGCAAUAUGGUAUUUGUGUUCCAUAGCAAGGCAAUUUUCCUGCUGGAAAACGGAGUGUGCAAGAGAGAAUGCCUUAAAUUUAUCUUGCAUCCCAAGUUUCCUAGAUUGUAAUAGCUUGUCAGCACCUGAGAGGCAAUAUUGGGCAAAUAUUACUAAUACACUUGCUAACUGUGACGCCAGGAACAACGAUAUUGAUUUCAAAUUCGGAAUGUUUGCAGAUGCUUUUACUAAUGAUGUUGCUUCCAAGAACUUUGUUAUAAAGUACUUGUUUUGUCUUUGGUGGGGUAUAAAAAAUCUAAGUUCAUAUGGGCAAAAUUUGGAGACAACCAUAUAUAUUUGGGAGAAUCUGUUUUGCAUUUUUAUAUGUAAUUUUGGAUUGAUUCUGUUCUCACUGUUGAUUGGCAACAUGCAGACGUCUUUCCGAUCAAUGACAGUAAGGAUCGAGGAAUGGAGAGUUAACCGAAGAGAUACAGAGGAAUGGAUGACGCAUCGUCAGUUACCUGAGGAUUUGCAAGAACGUGUUCGCCGGUUUGUUCAAUACAAAUGGCUUCCUACGAGAGGAGUUGACGGAGAAUCUAUAUUACAAUCAUUACCUUUGGAUCUUCGUCGCGAAAUUCAACGCCAUUUAUGCAUUUCCCUUGUUCGACGUGUUCCAUUCUUCUCACAAAUGGAUGAUCAACUUCUUGAUGCCAUAUGCGAGCGUCUUGUCUCAUCUUUGAGUACUAAAGGCAACUAUAUUGUCCGAGAGGGUGAUCCAGUCAAUGAGAUGUUAUUUAUCAUUAGAGGGCAACUUGAGAGCUCUACAACCAAUGGAGGAAGAUCAGGGUUCUUCAAUUCCAUCACCCUUAGGCCAGGUGACUUCUGUGGAGAGGAACUGUUGACAUGGGCCUUGAUGCCAAACUCUAGUCUGAAUCUACCCCUUUCAACCAGGACAGUCAAAGCCGUUUCUGAAGUUGAAGCUUUUGCACUCCAAGCUGACGACCUACAAUUUUUCGCACAUCAGUUCAAACGACUUCAAAGUAAACAGCUCCAGCAUGCCUUUAGGUACUAUUCUCACCAAUGGAGGACAUGGGGUGCAUGCUUCAUACAAGCAGCCUGGAGAAGGUUUAAAAAGAGAAAGAUGACAAAAGAGUUGAUUGCAAGAGAGGGUAAUUUUUACUACUUGUCAUUACCUGACCAAGAGAAUUACUUCAUUGAUGACAUGAAAGAUGGACUACAUUACGAUGGGGAAGAGAAAAUUGGGAUGACAACCACAGAUAGCCCAAACAGUUAUCAGCAUAUUGGAGCCACAAUUUUGGUAUCAAAGUUUGGCAAUACUAGAAAAGGGUCUAACAAUCCUAAGGUUGUUGUGAUUGAUUCUCCUUCUAACAGUUUAAAGAUGCCCAAGUUGUUUAAACCAGAUGAGCCUGAUUUCUCCCUAGACCAUAUUGAAGAUGUAUAA